UUUCAAUGGGGAGAUGCCCGAUUGGUUAUAACAUAUGCUCUAAAUUGGAAGAGGGAGAUUGUUUUGCUGCAACAAACGCGGCUACUUAUAAGUUUUCAGCUCUCUCCAUCACAACCCCAAAUCUUUUGCCUCGUCUCUCUGCAGCAAGAAAAUUAGAAGGACCCUUUUUUGGGUCUUCUCCUUUUCUUUGCUUUUUUUUUCUUCAUUUAGGAUAGUGACCGAAAAUUGAAAGUUUUCUAAACAAGUUUAUUGGGUUUUCUAUGGUUUGAUCAUAAGAAUGGACAUAAUAUCGAGUUACAAAUGGGGUUCUGUUCAAUAAUCUUUUCGUUUAAUGGGGGAGGAAAAUAGUGAUACACCACUUGCUAUGGAGGAGGUUAGUAAGGAUGAAGCUAGCCAAGAGGAGAGUGCUAUGGAGGAAGUUAGUGACGAUGAAGCUAGCCAAGAGGAGAGUGCUAUGGAGGAGGUUAGUGAGGAUGAAGCUAGCCAAGAGGAAAGCUUUGAUAUCCCUGUCAUUGCAGUUGCAGAGACAAGUGAGCCUGAAGAUAUCAUUGAGGAAAACAUUGAUAUCAUUGAUAUUCCAGCCAUAACCACUAUAGAGUUAAAUGAGCCCGAAAGUCGCAGUGUAGAAGUUAUAGUGGACAUUAAUAGUAGUACCCCAAAGAUUAUGCCAAAGAUACUCUCUCGCUAUCUCUUUCCACACACAGGCUCCUGCCAUGAUUUUUGCAAAUAUGGUACAAAACAUGGUCUUGAAGGGAAGCCUGCAAGUACAGUCUUGAGAAAAGUUAAAUCAGCUGGAGGUGAUGGCCGUGGUUUGAGGAGGAUUAUAGUUUCAUCGGCAAAACAAAACAAAGAUGCAACCAGUCCAAAGUCCUCCCCAGAACAUAAUCCCAUCAAUGUUACUGGUCACUUGAAAGAAGAUAUAAUUUCCCCCCCUGAGAUUGUUACUCCCUCUCCAAAAAGGCUUUUACCUUCCAUCAAGGAAGUGCAGGCUGCGGCGGUGCAUUAUAGUCGGACGAAACUUAAUUUGUCUCUAUCAAAGGCUUCUUCUUUUGCAGGACAAGGCAGUUCACGAACCAAAAGAAACAAAGAAAUUCGAAGAGGCAAUAAAAAAGAUGGAGAUGGAAGUUCAAGCAGUUGUACAAAUAGCACAAGUAGAAGCCAAGAGAUGAAUAUCUCCGCAGAGGAGGAUAUCAAAGCCUUGGUGCCAGAAGUAGUUUCUUGGACUCCAAGAAAUCGUGUCAAGCGAGUUGCAAUUCCAGAUAAAAAAAUCAUUGGGAGGAGUGGCUUGAAGAGCCAAAGUCAUUCUAUAAAAUGUAAACCUGAUCCAUCUAACAAUGAGGAUGUAGAGGAGAAGACUUUAUAUAUGAUUGAACCAUCUACCAAGAAUGAAACAGAAGAAAUGGCUCAAAAUAGUGUCCAUGCCACUGAGUCGUCUCGACCACAAUCUUCAUCUGCAACAGACAACAGCUUGAAGCAUGAAAAAGAGGUAGAUGAGAACCUCAAAAUGCCACCAUUAUCAGUUAAAAAGAAUGUCGUGAGGUGUGCUAGAAAUGUAACUAGUUCUAAAAUUUCAUCUGCAUCUCCACCAGUAUCCAAGGUAUUCAAAGGUAUAAGACCUAAGAGAUUUGGAAUGGUUCAAAGGUCUGAGACACGAUUGGCUCCUUCAUCACCAUUGUCAUCUAGGCCCCCAUUUGAACCCGUCCAUGUUGAGCAUCGUGGCUCUACUUCAGGAAAUGAAGUGAAAAAAAGAGAGAAUUCAGAGGUGAAACACAGGCUUAAGACCAAAAGGAUGACUCUAACUGAUUCAGAAAAUGGAGAUAGCCAAUCUAGAAAGUUGAAGUUUAGGAAGGGAAGGGUGGUUGAACUUCAAGCCGAAACCAAUACACCAAGGAGGCUUAAAUUUCGGCGUGUACAUUUACUAGGUGAGACUCAGAGUCCUAAAGGUGAUCCAAGAAAGAGAAACAUCAAGGGUAAAGAGGCCAACCAAAAUGGUAAUGAAGUGAAGGAAGCUGAUAAUAGUUCUUUGAGACAACAAGAUCAGGAAUUAAAGAAAAAGAGAAGCUUUAGGAGGAAGGAAACUAUUGAUGGUAAAUUGGUUUCUAGUAGAAUUAAAUCUGAGAGAGUUGUCCUUAGACAUCAGGAUUCAAGAGGAAAGAAAGCAAUCCAAAAUCUGUUUAAUAAUGUCAUUGAAGAGACAGCAAGCAAGCUUGCCCAGACCAGGAAGAGUAAGGUGAAGGCUUUGGUUGGUGCCUUUGAAACUGUAAUAUCUCUUCAGGACACCAGACCUGUUGCUACAAGUGUUGCAUGAAAUAAGCUUGUUUUUUACAUAUAUGAUAUACAUUUUAUGUAGAUAACAAUCUAAAAAAGGUAAUAUAAAUAUAUAGCUUCAUAUGGCAUGAGAAUUGAGUAAAAAGCUUUGAUCGAAAUGCUAUGACUAUGUGGAGAAUGGUAGAGUUAUUUCAAUAAAGGCUUUUUGGAAGAUUGGUUUUUCUUGUGUGGUGAGGUUCUUUGUUUCUUGAGUCUCCUUUGAAGGAUCUUGUUCUGCAUCAUUAGAGUAUUUGUAAUUCAAAGAUUCCAGGCUUGUGUUGUUUUUUUUCCUAGCUAAUGGGUUCUGAUCUUAUGUUGUUUCCUUUGCCUUGUAUUUGUGGGCCUAGGUAAAAUGUAAUCAAUCAAUAG